UUCAUGACCAAUGGUUUGGGUCUUUAGUUUGAGUUCGAUCCACAAACAAACAAACAAACACAGAAAUCACUAUCAAAGAUGGCGUCCUCCAGCAAGAAAAAAGUUGACCUGCGGGAUCUAAUGAAGAAACAACGAGCUGGGAGCAAAUCCACAGCGACGAAGAUAAACUCACCUUUGGCAAAGUACAACAGCAUUGGUCAGCUUGUUUGUGUUGUUUGUAACGCACAAGUGAAAAGUGAGAUUCUCUGGCCCGCACACCUCCAAGGCAAAAAACACAAAGAGAAUCUAGCCUUGCUUAAACAUGGCGGUACGCCAGAUGCAGUACAACAGAAACAGUCCAUACCCAGCCUGCAUGUCAAAGCACAAACAACAGCCAAGAGGAAAGGGGAUCAUGAUGUAACAUCAACAACGACGACAACAUCUGUAAAGAAAGCAAGAGAAAGUGGACAGCCUAGUGCUACAAAGGGACUGCCUGCUGGAUUUUUUGACAGUGAGAUCAAAAGCUCACCGUCCAUCGAUGUGUCCGAGAAAUCAGGGAUUAAAUCUGGAAGCAAGACAGCAGAAACAUCAGCACUUCCGGCAGCUUUUUCAGACUUCUUUAGUCCAGAAUCAUCAGCUACCAAUACUACACCUGAAAUACCUUCAUCACAGGAAGUAAGCUCAUCAAAAUCAUCCAAUGAAGAUGCUAAAGAAAGAAAGCCGUCCACAUCUGCUGAAGCCAUACCGGAGGGAUUCUUUGAUGAUCCAGUAAUGGAUGCAAAGGUUCGCAAGGUGGAAGUGAAGAACACCAUGGAAGAAGAAUGGAGCAAGUUUCAAAAGGAAAUGGUAGAGCAAAACCAGGUUUCUGAAAACCUACAAGAAGAGGAUCAAGAGGCUGCCCAGGUGGACAGAAAUAUCGAUGAGAUCGAUGAACAAAUACACUGCUUCGCCAAGGUAGAGGCUCUCCGAGACAAGCAGGACCACAUCAAAUCUGAGAUGCAAGUGAAGAAAUCACAGCAUCAAGAGAGAGGCAAGGAGGACCAGGAAGAUAAGGAUGUCAUUGAUAGCGAUGAAGAAGCCGAGUUCGGAGAAUUCUUAGACUGGAGGUCAAAAGGAGCAUGGAAAUGAAGCCCUGGAAUUUCAUCUGUGAAAGGGCAAGGCCAUUUUCAGUUUGUAUAUGGCACUUCCUUCGGAAAAUGAAGUAUA